GGGCGCUGCCGGCCAGGCCCCCGGACCCAGCGCGGCGCUACCGAGAACGCGCUUGACUGACAGGCGGCGGCGGCGGCGCGGUGGCGACGGCAGGUGAGCCCGCGCCAGCAUGGGGGACGCCAGAGACUUCUGUCCGCACCUUGACUCCAUUGGCGAGGUGACCAAAGAGGACCUGCUGCUCAAAUCUAAGGGCACCUGCCAGUCAUGCGGCGCGGCGGGGCCGAACCUCUGGGCCUGCCUCCAGGUCACCUGCCCCUACGUUGGCUGCGGGGAGUCCUUUGCUGACCACAGCACCAUCCACGCUCAGGUGAAAAAGCACAACCUGACCGUGAACCUGACCACCUUCCGGGUGUGGUGCUACGCGUGUGAGAAGGAGGUGUUCCUGGGCCAGCGGCGGGCAGCGCCCCCAGCCGGCCCCAGCUUUGGGGAGCAGGGCUCCCCGCUGCUCUCCCGCCCGCUGCGCGCGGUCCCCAUCGCGGUGGCCGACGAAGGCGAGUCGGAGGCGGAGGAAGAUGACCUGAAACCUCGAGGCCUCACAGGCAUGAAGAACCUGGGGAACACAUGCUACAUGAAUGCCGCGCUCCAGGCUCUGUCCAACUGCCCCCCGCUGACCCAGUUCUUCCUGGAGUGCGGCGGUCUGGUGCGCACCGACAAGAAGCCGGCGCUAUGCAGAAGCUACCAGAAGCUGGUCGCCGAGGUCUGGCACCGGAAGCGCCCCAGUUAUGUGGUUCCCACCAGCCUGUCACACGGGAUCAAGCUGGUGAAUCCCAUGUUCCGGGGCUACGCCCAGCAGGACACGCAGGAGUUCCUGCGCUGCCUCAUGGACCAGCUGCACGAGGAGCUCAAGGAGCCGGUGGCGGCGGCGGCGGCACCGGCAGAGACGCGCGACUCGGACUCGAGCGACUCGGAGGAGAAGGGCGAGGGCGAGCGCAGCCCGUCCGAGGACGAGUUCCUGUCCUGCGACUCGGGCAGCGACCGCGGCGAGGCAGAUGGGCAGGGCGGGCCCGAGGACGGCCGCGCGCUCUCCGAGAAGGAGUGGCGCAAGGGCCGCAGGCUGUCCUGGGGCCAGCAGCGCGCCAGCUCCGAGCAGGACGAGGACGCCGACGUGGACACCGUGGCCGCGCGGCACGCGUCCUCGCGCCCGCCCAGCCCCCGCGCGACGCCAGAGCCGGACAACGAGGCCCACCUGCGCAGCCCCUCCCGGCCCUGCAGCCCGGCGCCCCCCCACGAGGGCCCCCCCAGGCUGGCCAGCAGCCCUCCCCGGGGCAGCCCCGUGCGCCCGGGGCCCACCUACGUGCUGAAGAAAGCCCAGGUGCCAGGCGCGGGCGGCCGGCGGCGGAAGGAGCAGCGCUACCGCAGCGUCAUCUCCGACAUCUUCGACGGCUCCAUCCUCAGCCUGGUGCAGUGUCUCACCUGCGACCGCGUGUCCACCACCGUGGAGACUUUCCAGGACCUGUCCCUGCCCAUUCCUGGCAAGGAGGACCUGGCCAAGCUGCACUCGGCCAUCUACCAGAACGCUCCGGCCAAGCCGGGCGCCUGCGGGGACAGCUACGCACCGCAGGGCUGGCUGGCCUUCAUCAUGGACUGCAUUCGCCGGUUUGUGGUCUCCUGUACCCCCAGCUGGUUUUGGGGGCCAGUGGUCACCCUGGAGGACUGCCUUGCUGCCUUCUUUGCUGCUGAUGAGCUGAAGGGUGACAACAUGUACAGCUGUGAGCGGUGUAAGAAGCUGCGCAACGGGGUGAAGUACUGCAAGGUGCUGCGGCUCCCAGAGAUCCUGUGCAUCCACCUGAAGCGCUUCCGGCACGAGCUGACCUACUCCUUCAAAGUCAGCAGCCGGGUGGCCUUCCCCCUCGAGGGCCUCGACCUGCGCCCCUUCCUCGCCAAGGAGUGCGCGUCCCAGAUCGCCACCUACGACCUCUUGUCCGUCAUCCGCCACCAUGGCACGGCAGGCAGUGGCCACUACACCGCCUACUGCCAGAACGUCAUCAACGCGCAGUGGUACGAGUUUGAUGACCAGUAUGUCACCGAGGUCCACGAGACGGUGGUGCAGAACGCCGAGGCCUAUGUCCUCUUCUACAGGAAGAGCAGCGCGGAAGCGGCCCGGGAGCGGCAGCAGGUGGUGGCGCUGGCGGCGCUGCGGGAGCCGGGCCUGCUGCGCUUCUACGUGUCCCGGGAGUGGCUGAACAAGUUCAACACCUUCGCCGAGCCGGGGCCCAUCACCAACCACACCUUCCUGUGCCCGCACGGAGGCAUCCCGCCGCACAAGUACCACUACAUCGACGACCUGGUGGUGAUCCUGCCGCAGAACGUGUGGGAGCACCUGUACAACAGGUUUGGGGGCGGCCCCGCCGUGAACCACCUGUACGUGUGCUCCAGCUGCCAGGUGGAGAUCGAGGCGCUGGCCAAGCGCCGGCGGAUGGAGAUCGACACCUUCAUUAAGCUGAACAAGGCGUUCCAGGCCGAGGAGUCCCCUGGCGUCAUCUACUGCAUCAGCAUGCAGUGGUUCCGGGAGUGGGAGGCCUUCGUGAAGGGCAGGGACAGUGAGCCCCCAGGGCCUAUUGACAACAGCAAGAUCGCGCAGGUCAAAGGCAGCGGCCACGUCCAGCUGAAGCAGGGGGCUGACUACGGGCAGAUCUCCAAGGAGACGUGGGGUUACCUGAGCAGCCUGUACGGCGGGGGCCCCGAGAUUGCCAUCCGUCACAGCGUGGCCCAAGCCCCGGACCCGGAGAACCUCUACGGCGAGCAGAAAAUUGAGGCGGAGACCCGCGCCCUGUGACGGGGCUGAGCCCCACGUGCUGUGACUUGGGGGCCUGCACGCCCCUUUGCCCUCUGCAGGGACACUCUGCUCCCCUGCACACGCCCUGCGGGGGUCCCUUGGGCCCAGGGAUGGGCUGGCCCCCCUGGCCCACCUGUGUCCCCAUCCCAUGGGGGCGCUGGGCCCCG